UAAUAAAAGUACCUUCUACUAUAAAUCGCAUUCUAAACAGUUUGUGAUUUUUAUAAAGGAUUUACCUUAAGUUAAGUCUUACUCCUAAGUGUUUCUCGUCAUUACCAAUUAUUUUUAAUAGCCAAAAUUUUUAAUUGAAUUCAGUAUUAUUGUACUACCUACUACUGAUGAAAUAAUGAGUGGUUUCAAUGACUGAAAUAAAUAAUAUUUACCAACAAACACAACUUUGAACCCUUCAAUAUAGAUUAUUCAAUUCAGUCCCUCUCAGAACAUUACUUAUUAAAAAUUAGAAUAUUAAAGCAAAACAAUGAGCACUAUGGAUGAAAUUGAAGAGGAAUCCAAAGCAGCGGCUGAAAAGAUGGUUAUGAACAUGAUGCAAAGGCCAGGACAGUUAGAAAAAGUGGAGCAAUACAAGAAGAGAAUAACACACAAAAAGGCGUCAAUUGAGGCGCAACUCAAGUCAGCUGUUCAGGGCAAACUAGAUGGAGUCAGUGUCGGCUUGAGACAGUUGCAGGAGUGUCUGGAUGAUGUACAGCAAAUCAAUUUGAAGAUGGAUGAGUUAGAGGAACUUUUGCAAAGUGUUCCACCACUUGUGGCGUCUCUCCAGGCCGUGAGGGAGGAGGAUUCGCGACAUUCUCAGUAUGUCACAGCUAUGGACAGUUUGAAACACAUAUUCACUGUGCCAGAGAGUGUUGCAAAAACUAAUCAAUGGAUUGGUGAAGGAAAACUAUUGCAUGCACAUCAGUGUCUCAGUGAUUUAGAGAAUUCGAGAGAUGACUUACUGUACGAACUGCACAGACUACCCAAUCAGUCGUCACAUGACAAAAUUAUGCUUAAAGCUUACUUUGAGGAUGUUGAGAUGGUCUCCAACUUGUUAGAGAAGCAAAUCAAACUCAUCUUGGAGAGAACUUUGAACACUGUGCGGAAGGAGCCUACAGUCAUUGUCACUGCUCUGAGAAUUAUUGAAAGGGAAGAGAAAAGAGAUCAGAUGGCACUUCAGCAACAAGACCAAUCAGGGUUCAUGCCGCCCGGUAGACCAAAGAACUGGCGCACCAAAGCGUUCGAAGUACUGGAACGCGUGACCGCGCAGCGCGUGGAAGGCACGCGGGUGGACGAGCGCGAGGACAACAAGCUGUGGCUCAUCCGGUACCUGGAGCUGACGAGGCAGCUGAUACUGGAGGACUUGAUGGUGGUGAAGACUUUGUGUGUGCCCUGUUUCCCCCCGCACUACGAUAUAGUCAACAAAUACGUGAACAUGUAUCACACAUGCCUGUCUACUAGUUUGCAAGAUAUAGUUCAGAAUGGGCUAGAAGGCAACGAGUAUGUGACAUUGCUGUCGUGGAUUUUGAACACAUACCCAGGCCCCGAACUGAUGGGGAGUCCCAAAGUUAAUGUGGAUGUCUCCACUUUGCCACCCUUGCUUAGUGAUGAAAUGAUGCAGAAAUUACAAGAUGAAUAUCUACAGAAAAUGGAGUCUAACUACAUGGAGUGGAUGGAAAAGACGCUGGAGUCUGAGCGCGCGGAGUGGGCGGCCGAGCGCUCGCCCGAGGUGGAGCCCCACACCAACGCUUUCCACACGCACGCGCCCGUCAUCAUCUUCCAGAUGAUCGACCAGAACCUGCAGGUUACCGAAACUAUAAGCAAGGAAAUCACAUUCAAAGCCCUGUUGCUUAGUAUAGAUCAGGUGACGCGUUAUGGGAACAUGUACAGAGAAGGAGUCAUACAAUUUAAGAACGGUUACUUCGCGGACCGGUCGCGGUUGGCGUACUUCACGCACCACAUGAUCACGAUCGUCAACAACUGCGAGCAGAUGGUGCGGCUGGCGCAGCAGACGCAGGCGCGCCGCUGGCCGCCCGCCGCGCCCGCCAAGCACCACCCGCCCGCCGAGCGCAGCUUCGACCGCCUGCUCAGCACCUUCCAGGUGACGCACUGCACGCACCACAUGAUCACGAUCGUCAACAACUGCGAGCAGAUGGUGCGGCUGGCGCAGCAGACGCAGGCGCGCCGCUGGCCGCCCGCCGCGCCCGCCAAGCACCACCCGCCCGCCGAGCGCAGCUUCGACCGCCUGCUCAGCACCUUCCAGGUGACGCACUGCACGCACCACAUGAUCACGAUCGUCAACAACUGCGAGCAGAUGGUGCGGCUGGCGCAGCAGACGCAGGCGCGCCGCUGGCCGCCCGCCGCGCCCGCCAAGCACCACCCGCCCGCCGAGCGCAGCUUCGACCGCCUGCUCAGCACCUUCCAGGUGACGCACUGCACGCACCACAUGAUCACGAUCGUCAACAACUGCGAGCAGAUGGUGCGGCUGGCGCAGCAGACGCAGGCGCGCCGCUGGCCGCCCGCCGCGCCCGCCAAGCACCACCCGCCCGCCGAGCGCAGCUUCGACCGCCUGCUCAGCACCUUCCAGGUGACGCACUGCACGCACCACAUGAUCACGAUCGUCAACAACUGCGAGCAGAUGGUGCGGCUGGCGCAGCAGACGCAGGCGCGCCGCUGGCCGCCCGCCGCGCCCGCCAAGCACCACCCGCCCGCCGAGCGCAGCUUCGACCGCCUGCUCAGCACCUUCCAGGUGACGCACUGCACGCACCACAUGAUCACGAUCGUCAACAACUGCGAGCAGAUGGUGCGGCUGGCGCAGCAGACGCAGGCGCGCCGCUGGCCGCCCGCCGCGCCCGCCAAGCACCACCCGCCCGCCGAGCGCAGCUUCGACCGCCUGCUCAGCACCUUCCAGGUGACGCACUGCACGCACCACAUGAUCACGAUCGUCAACAACUGCGAGCAGAUGGUGCGGCUGGCGCAGCAGACGCAGGCGCGCCGCUGGCCGCCCGCCGCGCCCGCCAAGCACCACCCGCCCGCCGAGCGCAGCUUCGACCGCCUGCUCAGCACCUUCCAGGUGACGCACUGCACGCACCACAUGAUCACGAUCGUCAACAACUGCGAGCAGAUGGUGCGGCUGGCGCAGCAGACGCAGGCGCGCCGCUGGCCGCCCGCCGCGCCCGCCAAGCACCACCCGCCCGCCGAGCGCAGCUUCGACCGCCUGCUCAGCACCUUCCAGACAUUACGAGACGAAGCAGCAAAGUUUCUCUUGGAGGAGGCAUUCUUGGAUUUAGAACAACAUUUCGAUGAUCUGUUUACGACAAAAUGGAUGACUUCGAGUAUACCGGUUGACACUAUUUGUGUUACACUCGAUGACUACUUCCAAGAUUACAAUCAUUUAAGAGAGAAGAAUUUCGAGUAUGUGAUAAACGAGGCUCAGAAUCUUGUGUACAAAAAGUAUAUAACAGCAAUGCUGUCAAAGAAAAUAACGUUUAAGACGGUGGAGGAAGCCCAACAGGCAGCCACGAAGAUCGUGAAAGAAGCGAACCAAAUACGAUCUUUCUUCAGGAAAAUUGCUCUGCAUGCUGAGGGCGUUAACGUGGACUGGCCGUUUGAAGUCAUGGGUGUUUUGGCUGAGGUGCUGCGGUGUCAAGACAUCGAGAUGUUGUCCCUGGACUUGCACGGCUUGCUGGAGAAGUGCCCGGACGUGUCCGAGGAGCAGUUGGUGCGGCUACUUGCUCUGCGUGGGGACAUACCCCGCGCGCACGUGCGCGACACGGUGGCGCACGUGCGCGCGUCGAGGCAACCCCCCCGCGCGCCGCCGCACCCCACCGCGCCGCAACUGUUCAAAAGCAUCACCUUCAAUGACAGACUCUUGUCACAUUUCACUCUAUAGUUAGCGCAAAUAUAAAUUAAUAUUUAAAAAAAUAUAUUUUUAUUAACGAUGUUUGUUUUUAUAUAAAUGCUCUAACAUGCUGAUGCCCCGUCCCCACGGUGGAGCACGUGCAAUGUGUUACAAGUUCCUCGAUUAUAGGUGGUUAACAUUCAUUAUUUAUGUUAUUGUAGAGGGGAGGUAUUCGUGUUGGUGUAAACAAGAGAGUAUUUGAUGACUUGAGCUCAGUUGUUUGUCAGGCAGCGUAGACACCGUCACGCUGUCAGUCGCGUUAGUGAUUUUGUGCAAUAAUGUUUUUUGUUGCAUUCUAAAGGGAUCCCUUAAGCCUCCCCUGGUCACAAGUCCUGGGACCUGCUGGAGGUGUUUCCUCUACCACAAAGUGAUGGUACAUUCACUGUGGUUGCUACCCGUCAUGUCACACUUGCAUGCCUCGAGAUGCCUCCGCUCCCCACUGCGCCGCAGCUGGUUAAGAACAUUACCUUCCAUGAUAGACUUCUGUCACAUUUCACUCAUUUAACUACAAUACAUAAUGAAUUAUUUUUCAAAAUUAUAUUUUGAAAAACAAGCUUUGAGGCCUCAUUCGCAUGAGACUUUUUU